AUGGCAACCACAAUGCCUUCCUCAGGCACACACAAAAGACCAACCUUCUCAUGCAUACGAUGUGCUGAACGAAAAGUCAAAUGCGACCGACAGAAACCAUGUAGUGCUUGCAUCAAGCAUAGCGUUGACUGCAUCUUCAAUCCAGUGCAACCGCCGAAGAAGAAGAAGAAGCGCGUCAAGGUUAAUGUACUGACUGACCGACUGCGACAGUAUGAAGCCCUUCUUCAAGAGCAAGGGAUCGACGUCGGAAGGCUUCCAGAUUGGACAAACAAUGGAUCACAGCCUAUGACACACACUGUGCCUGAUCAACAACAGCAGCAUGUCAGUCAACUGAGAACGCCUUCAUCUCUCGAGUCCGGACCGUCUCCAUACGCUAUCCAAACGCCGAAUGUUCAAGGACAGACAUCUUUCAAGUUUGUCGAAAACACUCUAUGGAAUAGAGUGGUCGAAGAGUCUCUUGAUCCGGAGAACGAUUUGGAAGACUCGAGUGAUAUUAGUGAAGAAGAAGCGAUAUCCGAUAACUCAGGAUUUGCUCUCCUCAGACAUACUCAUACCGGCGGUAGGCCUCGCCAUCCCUCGAUAGACCGCAUACAUCAACUUUGGGAGACAUUUGUCAGCAACGUCGAUCCACUGACGAAAGUGGUGCAUGUCCCUAGUCUGAGGCCAAUGAUUGAGAAAGCUGCGGAUAGCUCUGGGGUCAUACCACGGGCACUCGAAGCACUCAUGUUUGCUAUAUAUGGCUCCGCUGUCAUGUCGUUAAGCCGAAACGAAUGCGAGCAACGGUUCACUGAGCCCCGUGAGCGUCUGCUUUCUCAAUACAUCUCCGCGACAGAAACGGCAUUAUCGCGAGCAAAGGUGAUGGAGACUACCAGUAUAGGUGUUCUCCAGGCUUUAGUCAUACAUCUCAUUACAACCCGCGACAUCUACACACCACGCGCCAACUGGACCCUUACUGGUGCAGCUGUUCGCAUCGCUCAAGGCAUGGGUCUAGAGCGCGACGGAAAGUAUCUAGGACUAUCUCCCUUCGAAACCGAGAUUCGCCGGCGUAUAUGGUAUCAGUUGAAGACUCAUGAUUCUCGGGCUACGGAGUUGUGUGGCCUUUCGAAAUACCGAGAUCCUGAUGUCGGUCCCCACCGAGCUGAGUGGCCUCUCAAUGUCAACGAUGAUCAGUUGUAUCCCAGUAUGACUGAACUACCCCUACAAUCGGAUCGACUGACGGACGCUGUUUUCAUCGUGACAAGGUGUGAGAUGGGAAAGUUCGCUGCCGCACGUAUCGCAGCCCUUCGACAAGAAGGAAAAGACCUUAGCCAGAUGAACCUUGACCAUUCGGGAAAAGACAAAAAGGACCGCGAGAGUAAGAUUCAAGAGCUCCAAGAGGCUAUCGAAACGAAACAUCUUCGUUACUGUGAUCCCUCUCAGCCUUUGGACCUUGUCACGAUGCUAGUUGCUCGAUAUGGCCUGAACGUAGCCCGGUUCUUGAUGUAUCAUCCACGGAGCUGGGGUAGUAUCGAGCAAACACCGCUUGAGGAACGCCAGAAGAUAUGGGAAGUUUGUCUUAAACUUCUCGAACAACAAGUGAUGUUACAGACUAACCCCUUUACCCAACGGUUUGCAUGGAACACGCCCUGGUAUCGGCAAUGGCACGCUUUCAUUCACGUAUUGGACGUUCUCCGGGCCGAUCCUGAGGUUUUUGAUGUUGAACGGGCUUGGAGACUCAUCGGUGAAACCUACGACAACAAUCCAGAUAUGAUUGAGGACAUGAGAAAACCCGUUCAUGCUGCUGUGGGCCAUCUAUGCUUGAAGGCAUAUGGCGAUCGGGAGGCGCUACUUCGUUCAAGAGAUGUAGUCAUAUCGUCGGUACCCAGUUUUAUAGCACGUCUACGUCACCAACGCGAUUGUGCAAGACUGAGACGGCAGAAACGCGAUGCGAAUAGCAGUCAUGUUGCUACCUCUACUGAUACAGUCAAAAGUAAUACGCGUCAGCUUGGCGGCAGUAUCCCAGUUGAUGACUCUGAUCUCUUACUGGAUUCGACACCCAAUCCAAUCCAAACGCCAUCUGGUCAUCCUCAUACUGUCUUUGAUGGUACCAAUCCUUCCACGUUCUCCAACGACUUUGACGGUUCAGGUUUUGAUAUCAUGGAGAUGGAUGGGUUGGACACCUUCUUAGCUGCGGACUAUAUCGUCGACGAUAUGGCAUUGGACCCCAUCGACUGGAGUAAAUUAGAUGACUGGCUUGCUCAUGUCACUUGA